UGUGGCAGUCCACCUGCUGAACUAUCGGGGAGUGUCAUGGAGGCCUACGAGCAGGUCCAAAAGGGACCCUUGAAGCUGAAAGGCGUCGCAGAGCUCGGAGUGACUAAGCGGAAGAAGAAAAAGAAGGACAAAGACAAAGCGAAACUCCUGGAAGCAAUGGGAACGAGCAAAAAGAACGAGGAGGAGAAGCGGCGCGGCCUGGACAAGCGGACCCCGGCCCAGGCGGCCUUCGAGAAAAUGCAGGAGAAGCGGCAAAUGGAAAGAAUCCUGAAGAAAGCAUCCAAAACCCACAAGCAGAGAGUGGAGGACUUUAACAGACACCUGGACACACUCACGGAGCAUUACGACAUUCCCAAAGUCAGCUGGACGAAGUAGCUGCCUGCGCCCAGGAUGGAGCGGCAUCGAGGGUUCGCCAAAGGCCCCGCUGGAGUUGUAUGUGUUUCCUUCGGUGUAUUCUAGACACGCCCUCGUGUCUUCUGCUACAGACUGCUCUUCGGAGCUGUGCACCCUCGUGCUGGAACUUGAUUAAAGUAAAAUUGUCCUUGUCCUCAGUUUAGGUCUCUUGGCAACAUAUAGAAGAUACACCCUUUUCGUUUGGAUGGAAAGUUUCUAAGUUUAUCCAGAGGUAAAUGUUUUUACCCCCUAGUUGCAGCUAACGCUCUGAGACCAGCCAGCUGUCUUCUCCCGGAUGAGACAGACUCCAGAGGGUCAGGAGCUGAUAAUGCCAGGUGGCCUGCCGUAUGCAGAACCCUGCAGGACCCAGCGUGGGUGCCCUUUCGAGCUUCCUGUAGCUUGAGGCCUGUGCUAUUCCCUGCAGGCCCCAGAGAAGCCACUUGCAACUCUGUGGUCUUGAGACUUCCUCCUUAGCCACCUGGCCACUGAGACAGCGCAGCCUGGCCAGCAGAACAGCCACCUAAGGGAAGAAUGGAACAGACACGCCUCGUUCGUCUCUGAGCCUGUUCCCAAAACCCUCCUUCCAGGUACUUCUAAUGGGCGUUGCCAUGGCAGACAUUGCUAAUGGAUCACAGCAUUCUUUGACAUGGAACCCAGAUACAGCCUGCCUCUCGGUCCUCAGCCGGGAGCUCCUAACAGCCUCUCGUAUUUACUCACAGUUGACACGUCACUGGGAGCCUGUUCGGCAUUCCUACCCUAAGGACACCUCAGGGGAGGCAGGAGCAGUGCAGAGCGCCAGCACAGACAGACAUGGGUGCAGUCAAAUGGGAGGGCUCAGGCAUCCAUGGUGGAGGGCUCAGGCAUCCAUGGUGGAGGGCUCAGGCAUCCAUGGUGGAGGGCUGGGAUCUUGUCAGGCCUGUGUGUCCUUGUUGACAGUCAAACCGCAUGUGCUGCUCGAGAAAUAAUCUCUGUUGAUGGAGCUGUUGAAAGAAUAACGAAGGCAGAAGAGAAAAACCAAGUGUGGGAUUUAGGGUUGUCCUGUGUAAAUUACACAAUAAAGCAAAAGCCAGUUAUUAUAA